AUGACCAAACAAUUAGAUAAAUACUCAAUGAUGAUCAUUUCAAAAUACUUUAUAUCCAUUAAUGAUUAUUACAAUUUAAUCAAUGUUUGUAAAAAAUUUUGGGAUAUUCCACUGAUGUUUCACUACAAUCCAAUUACAUUUAAUUAUACAACAAAAAAAUAUUUUAAAAACAUAGAAACCCUUCAUUUAUAUAAAAAGGCCGAAAAGUUUAUUCCCGACUAUUUUCAGUACUACGUCCACUACCCACUUUCUCUCACAAAUUAUUAUAAAUUAAAACAAUCGAAAAACGUGAUAUGUCCACAAGUCAAUUAUUCAUCUCAAGACACACACAACAAACUUUCAUACAAAGAUGCAACUGUUUUUCUGGGUUCUGCCUUUGCAGGGAACUGCAACGUUUUUGAAGAAAUGGAGUGUCAGAACAUCACCAAAUUUGGAUUGCGAUGUUUUAUACAUAAUCGGAUUUUAAGAAAAAUAACACUGUCGCCUAAUUUGCAUGAAAUUCCAGACAACUGCUUUGAGGGGUGUUCCUCGCUUGAAAAAAUCAAUUUAGAAAAAGUUUAUGUUUUGGGUGACAAUUGUUUUAAAGAUUGUUUAAAACUCAGUGAAAUCACUUUUUGUGCAAAUAUUGUGAAAGCCGCAAAGAACGCGUUUGAAGACGCAAUUUCAAUCAAAUUUAUAACAGCUCCAAACGUAAAAAGUGUGACAUUCGAUGUAAACGCAAGUUCAUCGAGUGCAUUUUCUAAUAUAAAGCACAACGUCAUCACAACAUACAAAGACGUAAUAAAUGGAAUUACACUUGAUUUUUUAUCGGACGAAAUUGGUCCACAAGCUUUUAUUAGGACGAUGGGACUUUCCGAUAAAACGAUUCCCUCAACCAUUCAAGUAAUUCGAAAAAAUGCGUUUUAUGGAAGUGAUUUAAAACGACUUGAUUUGUCACAUGUGAAGGUUUUGGAACAACAAUCUUUGCUCACACAAAUCACGGCAAUCACCAUGAAUUCGUUUAUUUGUUUUCAUCAUUUGUAUCAUUGCAUUUCACUGAAGAACAUUGAAGCUGUUGACACUAAAGUUGUUUGUGGCAAGGCGGCGUGUUGGAUGAAAACUUUGUUAGACAAAAACAGUCUUGAAAUAUCCGAGUUUAGAUACACCAAAGAAGACUUCACUGUUUUUAACGGAAUUUACCCAUUUGGUCUUACAAAUUUAAAAUCGGUUGAACCAGGUGUGGUGUUCAAUGAUCUCAAACAAGAAAAAAUUGUCAUGCCUGAGUGUUUGACAGAGUUUAAUUUAAAUGUCUUUUGCAAAUGUAAAACAUUGAAAACUUUAAUUCUUCCAAAGUCAUUUCAAGUAGACUAUGAAAAUAGAACGGUUGACAUUGAAGAGCUCGCUAUAAUUCCAACACCAAGUCUUGCAAAUUAUAAUUUUAGAAAACUCACAUCUAUAACAUUUUUAAAUAACAAAAUUAUGAACAUGAAAAUUUUAGACCAAAAUAAUUGUCUUAAAAACAUCGAAUUUGCUAAUCCACCAGAAGACCUAAAAUUUCAUGGUAAUAUCGACUAUUCUUUGUAUAAAUUGUUAAAAGAUAAUUUUAAUUUUGAUGGAGAAGUUGUGUUGUAUAAUUCUCAAUAUAACAUUGGUGUUAAAAAUGGUAUAUUUAUGGUUCCUGAUGAUGUGACUUUGAUUGACAUUUACUUUUUAGCUCAUUGCAAAGAAUUAAAAGAAAUUUGGAUCGGUAAAAACACAAAAACUAUUUCUGAUAAUGCAUUUUAUAUGUGCACAAAUCUUACCCUUGUCAAAAAUAUCAAAAAAUCAAUGAAAUUUACGAAAAAAUCGUUUCAGCAAGACAAUUUGUCAAAAAUCAAAUUUGAUUUUAUUGAGUAA